UAUCUCGCCGCGGAGAGAUCGUGUGCCACCGCCGAAACGAAAAGGUCGACGGUUGUAGGUUAACGAGGAGGGACAAUCAGACUGAGACUACGUUGUGAUACUGCUGUAUUCGAGUAAAUAAGACUUUGUUGUGAUAAUGUUAAGAAAAAUUUGUUCCAAAAGAACGUGCCUUUGCUUAUCACAUUGAAUGUGUCAACGCGACAGGCGAUAUCAUUGUGAGCACAUUGUCGUGUUCAACGGAUACGCUUCGCGCGCGUCGCUAGUUGAAGUGUAGUGUGUAGUGUGCUCGUAGUGUGUAUGCACACAUUUGACGUAGAUUAGCUCCCGUCAGCUAGGGUUGGGUGUGAUCCCUACUUUUUGGACCAUAAGUGCCAAAGUAUACACUUUCUAGUAACAUCCUCAGGCUGUGGAAAAUGACUUCUCACUCAGAAUUAACUAGUUCAGUUGUCACCACAAGAUCUUGAAGGACUUGGGCCUACUUCCCGAGGCUGAAAGGAGUGAACCGCGCUAGCAUCUCAUCAGCAGCAGCAGUCGCGGCAGUUCGACCGUCGGAGCCUGGCGAGGCGGCAGCUACAUGGAUGGUUAUGGGGAGAGGACAGCGCUUCCACCGCGCGUCGACGGGCCAAGCCACGGCCGUUGUUUUCUACGUAUUCCUGAUCAUCGCCAUGUUAAUCUCCACAGUGUCCUCUGAAUGUAAAUUGAAGAAGUGUUCUCAAAGAUACUCCCAAAAGCUGACAGAGAACGUUCGACGCAACCCCAACCGGAGAUACUGUCAGGCUCUAGUGGACUACAAAAAAUGUGUCAUGGAUAUCCCGCCCAGGUCCUGCCGUGGAGAGCUAAACUACCAUUCCACCCUCUCCAUCAUCCCAGACCUGAUGGAGCAGAAUAACUGCGAGGCCAUUCUGGCCGAGGAAGAGGUGCCCACCACUCCACUGCCAAGUGGGGCCAACCUGCCCCGUCACCGGACGACAGUGCCCCCAGCCCCGGAGUUUUACGAUCGAUGCGAGUAUCGGGGUGAGCGAUCCUACAAGAGCUGCAGCCUGUUCGGGGACCCACACCUGAGGACUUUUGAUGGGUCAUUUCAGACCUGCCGGGUGGCCGGAGCCUGGCCGGUCUUCUACAAUAAGUAUGUCGCUGCCCAAGUGACCAAUGUCCAGCUUCUACAUGGAUCGGGUGCUACAGCCACGACCAAGUUGUCCGUGAUCGUCAAGGGACACAGCGAGUGUGCCGAACGCAAGCUGUACCUCGCCCAGACCGGCAAUCUCCCGGGGGGCUUCGUGGACGGCACCCGGAGCUCUGGUCCGGAGGGUAGGGGAGUGUUCAUCUUGGAGGUUGUCCCAGACAAGCACGUGGAGAUCCACAUCCGCUACAUCGGCACCGUGAUCAUCAUCCGACAGAUCGGGGAGUACCUCCUGUUCUCCGUCCGAAUGCCGGAGGAGAUCAUCAAGAGGCAAGGCCCGGAGGAUCUUCAGCUCUGCGUCCGGGGUUGUCCCGGACGGGAGAAGAUCGACUAUGUGAAGUUCUUGAAACAAACUAAAGACGUGGACCAGGAGAAACUGCAAAGAGCCAUUGCCAAGUGCCGGCAGACCAACGUAAUCGACGUGUACCUGGAUUCCUGCGUGUUUGAUUUGCUGACGACUAGCGACGACAAUUUUACCAACGCGGCUGAAAACGCCCUGCGGGACAUCUCACGGCUGCAGCCCAACGCGUCCCUGUCCCUCCACAACAGAACUAGUGUCUUUGAAGACAGCAAGAUACUGGCAGCCCUGCCCCCAAGGAGGAACGGUGCACCUCCAAGAACUCACAUAUCCAUGACUGCCCUCACGCAAUUUGCAAUAGUAUUACUGGCACUUUGGGCGUCGCACCAGCUAACAACGUGAAAGACAAACAAUGUAACAUAGAUGCAACUUAUUUCUUUUAACUAUCAAUAUUAUUUUGCAAACCGUAAAGAUGAUAUAUAUAAUUUGUACAUAGAAGUGUACAUAACUAUACAUACUUCAAAAGUGAAACUGCUAGCCACGUUGUACCACCGUUUAUAAUUAUUGCUAAGAUGUACAUAAUGGUGAGGAUAAAAUACUAUAUGAUCUGAAGUGUAUUUACUUAAUAUUUUGCAGUCUUUGUAAAUGGAAGGGACUGCAUUACAGCAGAUUAUGCCGUCUCUUUAAAAGAUAGAAACUCGUUAUUAUUUUUAUUAGAAACAAGCUUCACAGUAACUAAAAGGUGUGGGAAGGUAUUUGGAAUCCCAGAAGUGGACGAGUUGAAUACGAAAAUGAAAAUAGCAGAUAACACGGAACGCAUUACAAGUAAAGUUUUCCGCCAGUCUACAACUGAAGCCAUCGUGUAAAUUCGAUAAUCAAUAUGAAAUCCAUAUCGAAACGAUAAUGAGUUACUCCUUCCAACGGUUUGGAUUGUAAAUUGAGUCGGUACCAAACGAAAUCAAUCUGAUAUGUAUUAUGGUUGAAGGGGCAAACAUUUCGCUUUAAUACACAACACCUGCUGGGUGUGAACCCAGCACACAGACUUAAUCAUCUUAGUGCCCCACUCUGUUACUUGAUGCACCAAGCAUGCAUUGUUCUCCCAAUCUGCUGUGCAUGUACAAAUGCACCUGUAUUAAAACGCCUUCCUAGUCGAUUGAAGUUAAAGUUCUGUGCUCUUGUGCUCGGAAGAUUGUACGGAGAAUGAUUUGUGUGUGCACGUCUAGUCUAAAAUCCUUCUUUGGAUAAUAUUCACCUUUGUCGCUCAUAAAUCUUGUGCGAAGGGUCGCCAGUGUGGGUUUUUUUAUACACUGAAAUACAUUUCGAUUUUUCACGGAUGUUAUUGCGUUAGUUUACCCUGGAAACCUUGUGCUCACAUAAUGACACACACCGGACAACGUCGUGUGCUAUGUGGUGGCAAUGGAUGUUGUACAAGAAAAUGUACGACUCUUACACUGAUUCAUUUCGGAGGACAUGCUAUGAGCCGUUUAUCACACAAAGUAUUUAUUAGGAGCAGAUCCUUCAGUUUUAUUGGCAAACCUAUGUGUUGUUUUCCUGCUAAGUUUGGUUAAUGCAUCCGUGAUAUGCACACUAGUCUUGACUCCAUAACAAUACUAAUAUUAAGUUACAGCUCGUAGCUAAUACAAAACAGGUCAAUCACGUCACCGACUUUUAAAUGUUACUGUUAUUAAUGUUCACGCUGGCACGCGAGCAAAGCAUCCGCUGUAAUAUUGGUUGAAUGUGACGUCUAGAAACGUAAAGAACAUGGCAACAUAUUCACGUUCACGUGGAGUAUAUGAACCAAAAAUGUGUUUUUGCAACACAAAUUCGAAUUUCGAAUGUUUCAAAAGCCAUCCAGAAUGUGGUCAAAAAUUGUGAUACAUGUAUCAUGCCUAUUGAUGGAGCAUACUGGUCUCUAGCCUACUCUAAGCCCAGCGUCACCUUAAAAAACGUUAAAAGCAUUUUGCCAAUGCCAGUGGUUUAUGCUCAUUACUUUUGUUCUUCGGUUUUGUACGUACGCUAGCGUUUUUUAGUACAGUAAUAUUAUUCCUUGUCACCGUCUAAGAAAUUUUUUGCCCGCAGAUAGUUAAACUUCUAGUAGUUUAAACAUAAAGUUGCAGCUUCCGAGUAUACACGCAGUAUAUUAUUAGUAUUCAGAGACAGAAAUCAACAGGUUAAUGUGCACAUUCGUAAAGGGGGAUUUUUUAUCUGUGGUGAUAAUUACAAGGAGUGGAUACAAGUCGGUCUUUAUCGGUGACGUUAUUCAUUUUACGUCGUAAAAUGUAUGCUAUUCUCGAGUUUUCUUAAAUGUGUGACUGGGUUUGGUGAAGUGGCUUCCAAACCGUCACUACUGUAAACCGACGCUGUAUUUAAACAGAUGUAUACAUUACAAAAUAAUUGCAACUGUACCCAUGGCUUGAUUAGCCAUGUUUGCUGAUGACAUCGCUGAUUUUUUCUUGUUUUCUUUUUUUUUUUUGGCAGUUUUUGAAGAGAAAAAAAAAUUAAAUUUAUAAGUUAAAGGA